AUGCAUUUACAACUUGGUUAUAGUGAUAGGAUUAUACACUGUCUAGGCAUUAGUAUAGAUCCAACUACAAAUAAGUAUCUUCUCAUAAUGCAAUACGCUGAUGGUGGUGAUUUACAAAACUAUCUUAAAACUAAUUUCAAAAAUUUGACUUGGGAUGAUAAGAAAAAAUUAGCAUUUCAAAUUGCGGAUGGACUAAACUAUUUACAUAAUGAGGAUGUUUUACAUAGAGAUCUUCACUCUAAGAAUAUAGUUAUCCAUGAAAAUAAUGCUAAAAUUACAGAUUUUGGUAUUUCAAAAAUUCAAAAUGAUCAAAAUUCAACAGUUUAUAUGGGACAUUUUGGUGUUAUUCCUUAUAUGGAACCAAAGCAUAUAUAUAGUUUUGGUGUAUUAAUGUGGGAAAUUUCUAGUGGGUAUCCUCCAUUUAAAGAUAGUGAUGAUAAAGUUUCACUUGGUUUUACCAUUAAUAAUGGUACUCGUGAAAUUACAAUUCCUGGUACACCAAUUGAAUAUGAAAAUCUUUAUAAAAAUUGCUGGAAUAAAGAGCCCGGACAAAGACCAGUUAUCUAUGAAAUAUUGAAUGAAUUUAAAAGAAUGAAUAUUGGAAUUGAAUCAAUUAAAGAAAUUGGUUUAGAUUCGCAAGAUAAAAAUUUAGACGAUUUAUGUAGAUCAUAA